UCGUUUCGUUUUCAGGCUGAAGAUGCGGUGAAAAAUUUCUUUCCGGACAGGGUGUUUGAACUUGAUAAGCUUCUUAAGGUAAGAUCAAUUUGUACUAGUCCUAGCGAAGUGUAAGUUCUAGGUCGUGAUCUCUUGCUCAGAUCCGAAUUCGGAAGGUUCUGGGUCAAAAUGUAAGUGUUUUUUUGUAGUGAUCUUUAAGUAUUUUUAUCAUAACUACUCAUACCACAGGAUACGAGUUGACUUAUUUUAUACAAUAGACACUAGACAAAAAGAAAAAAAUUCUUAGAUCGAUGUGCAUUCUUCUCAUGAAGCGUCUGAGCAAGAGAAGCCGUUUUCUUUCAGUAUACCCAUCCCUGGUACGUCUAUAUAUCUGCUUGUUUUAGAAAAAAAAAAGAAGAAGCUUAAAGAGUUUUUCGUAAGAAACAACUUAGAGCUGGUUUUUGAAAACUGACGAGUCAAUGUUGAUAAUUGGCGGUAAGGAUCAAAUACCGUUUGCCGAAUGUGUUGAGUUACUUGAACUCUGCAAAAAAUACGAGAUCCACCUUGUUGGCCACAAGGCAACAGAAAUUAACAGGCUUCCACGAGAAUAGUGUUGUGGAUUGUAAGCACAGCUCACUAAAAUCUCUCCUCCAAUGUGCAGAUUUACCUCCCUCCCAUAAUGAUCACUCUCCACUCAAUGCACAAAAUAUCACUGAUGUUGCAAACCAAUUGAUUACUUUCUACCGUCCUGCAGCCCCUCUUUUAUCAGAAAACAAUUUUUUUCAGUCCGACAUGUUUGACAAGGAUUCCAUAGUCAGAGUACAAAAAGCUGUUAACAUGCCAGUCUAUAAAAAUGAUACCGUUACUGAUGCAGAGGUGAGCUCAUGUUAAGGUGACUUUAUAUCAUCACCAAUUUUGACUUGAGUUGCUGUGUGAAAUGUGAAUUGUGCACUAAGUAGAAUUUAGUAGGAAAACAAUCAAAAUGAUUUGUCUAUUACUGAUCUAAAUCUCUACUUUUAGGCAAUAUAGAUUUGUGACUUCAAUAGAACCAAAAGACUGUACUCCACCAUCUAUUUUCAUCCAUUUUUGGCUUCAAAGGUUUUUAGGGCGAAAACUAUAAGCAAUGGAUGUUAAUGGGCAUUUUGACAUAAACCAAACACUGUUAUGUCUAUUUAAGCUAAAAUGCCAGGCAGCACAUGGAAUUUUAUUCUGUGUGGCCCACAAUGCCUUGAACUGGGAUUUGUUUUUAGAUGUUGUGGUGGUCAAUGUUUGGUUUUAUUCCUGUAGCCAUGCAAUAAAAAGAGAAAGGUGGCAGAUGGUCAUGAUGCUCAAAUUGUUAAUCAUUCUUUGUCAUGUGAGUUUUCAUUUCCUUGGUUUUAGUUUGAAGCUCUGGUCUUUCAACUUCCAUCUGGCAGAACAUUCUGUACUGAUCAAUUGUUUUUGUUUGUUUAUUCUUUCUCUUUUUCUUCUUGUUAGCUUUCAUUACCCAUAUUCCUUGCAACAAGGUAAGAGUAGAAUAAGAGAGAUGGUAAGUUUUGAGCUCAAUAAAGAAAUAGAUGUUUUUUUGUUUUGUCAUGAGUGUGGGACAAAGAAAAAAUUCUGAAUCCCCAUGAGGAAUCAAACCUCAGACCUUCAGAUCCUGCCCUCAGAUGCUCUACCACUGAGCCACAGAGACUCUAGAUGAGCAAGGUCUAUUACAAAGUUGAUAUAACACUUGUCCUGUAUACUGCUAAAAUCAGCAAUGUUGAUAGGGUCAUGUUUGUCUCUCUUAUUCUAAUUACAAAUAUGGCUUGUCACAGAGUAAUGUGUGAUAGAACACUUUCAUCAUCACCAACACAUCUUGUAAUAGAUUUAAAAGAAACAAAAUGGUAAUGUUCUGAGUAUUUCUUCUUGCGUAGGCAGUAACACAUUGAUGUUGUUACAAUGGUUACUAAGAGAUUAUUGGUGUUUUGAAGAUCUCUUCUGACUAACACCUCUUGAUUACCCCUUCUUUUUUCCAGUAUCUUUUGCAAGUAAUUGAACUUCUGAAACCAAAAAUCCAGACAUUGAUGGAAAAGUGUAAUACUGUAAGUUUAUAGCCAUAUGUUCUAAAUGUUAUGGUGGUAGUUCUCAUAUGGUUUUAAAGUUUUUGUGUCAGAUAUGGCUAAUGUGAGUAAAUUUGGGAGAUUUCUUUGUUUGAUUACAGUCCCUCAGGGUAAGUUGCAUCCUCCAAGAUUGUAAUACUCUUCUGAGGAUCUUAUGCAAAUAUCUUUAGCCAAACAGGGGGGUAAUCUUUAAAGACCACACUAGAGACCAAACAAAAUCAGUGUGUAUAUGUAUGGACAAAGAAAAACAAGGUUGACUGAAACUUAUAGUCACGCAAUAACUUGUUUGUUAGCUAAAUUCUGUAUUAUUUACUGUACAGUGUAGAAUUGUUUCUGUUUGUUUUUUUUUUUCUAAAGGUGAAGAUGUGGAUUCAGUUACUAAUUCCAAGAAUAGAGGAUGGAAAUAACUUUGGUGUUUCCAUUCAGGUACUGCAGAGCUCAACCGCAUUAAGAAAUAAUGAACUGUGAAUUAUGGUCUAGGUAUUAAAUACAUAGAGAAAGGAUUAGUAACUUGCAGAAACUUGUUUGUGGUUCUCUGUAAAUGUAAAUGAUAAAUUUGACUUCCACACUUUCUUACCUGACUUUAAAAUGUCUUUUUGAAUCUCAAUGGAUACACUGAAGGAAGAAACUCUCAGUGAAGUACAGAGAAUUGAAGGAGAAGCAGCCACAUUUCUGGACCAGAUAUCAAGGUGCUCACUCAAUUGCUUUAUUGGAAAUAAUAAAUAAUUCAAGCUUCAAUUUGACAAGGGAGUAAGUAAAUAUUUAAAUGAAGUAGUAAUAUUUAAAUGAUGUACUUUUUAAGAGGGAUUUCUUAAUUUGGAUUACAUUAUUAUAUUUCUAUAUCAUUAAUGAUAAUUCCAUGUGUCUUUCAACAAUUGUUUCAAUGUGUUAAUUAGGUAGAGAAGCAAAACCCCCAGAAAACAAAAGAUAGAAAUGAUAAAAUAAUGUUAUGACUUGCAGGUAUUACAUCACAAGAGGAAAACUUGUCUCCAAAAUCAUAAAGUACCCACAGUUAGUAAGUUGUCGAUAAUUGUCCUGCAAUUGUUUGAUUCUGUCAUUUCCACUUUGCCUUUUCCAUAUUGCUGAAGAGUAUUUUCCCUAAAGAACUUGCUUUGAGCUUUAUAACUCUGUGAUAUCUCUAAUUAGAUAUCAAUAAAAAGCAGAAACCAUUAUGUAAAGGUUGUUAUGUUUGAAAUCUUCCUUGUUGUUCUUAUAAACUGUUGUAUUAAACUUAUUGCAUUAAGAAUUUUAUUCAAGGUCUCUACUUAGCACAUUUCACUACUUUAGUCAUAGCUAUUUUCUGUAAGCUCAAAACUUGCAGACUUUUAGCCAGUUGUUUGUCUGAGCUUGUCUGCCAUUAGUUUUAUUGUGCUUUUGCUACUAAUUACUGUCAGUCAAUUUAAUUCUAGGUUCUGCACCUAAUUUCAACGUUUUGCAUUCAAUUUCAACUUUCUGCAUUGUUUGGGAUUAAUUGACCAGUUCUUUGCCUAGGAGCAUGCUGAAAUUUUUGCAUGCAUAUUAUUGGGUGUUGUGGUAAAUGAAACUUCUUGUGAUUGCUCUUAUUUUCUUAUGAAUUGUAACUAUAGUUACCCAUUCAUUUGCUUUAUUUUUGCUUAUGUUUCAGGAUGAUUACAGACAGGCUGUGAUUGAAUUAGAUGAGAAGGAAUUUACCAGCCUACGUCUCUGUUGCUGUGAGCUGCGAAACCAUUAUGUAAGAACAAUUUUGUUUUCAACUUAGAAAUGUUUUCAAAUGAUCUUUUCUUUGGUCAACAGUAAAUAGUGAAAGGCAUCAAAUGUACUGCCGGUAUGUUGUGGAAUUUUGCUUACUGCAUUAACUCUAUUUCUGAAAUUCACUUAACUUUCAGUGAUUGACUAGCAGCUAGCAACAAUGACAGCUCUUAUGAACUCAAUAGAUAUAAUUUAUACACAAAUUUUUCAAUUGUUUAAAAUUGAAGGUACUUAUUAUGUCUGUGCAUUUGAUUUCCUUCUACAGCUUUCUUUACAUGACACCAUUACAAAGAAUCUUGACAAGAUCAAGAAACCUCGCACAAAUAAUGCAGACUCCCUGUAUUAA